GCUGUAACGGAAGCGACGUAGGCCUGCCAGCGGUGUCAUGGAGGCUCAGCAGCAGCAGCAACAGCAGCAACUGAGAAAUUUGCGGGACUUCCUGUUGGUCUAUAAUAGGAUGACAGAACUCUGCUUCCAGCGCUGUGUGCCCAGCCUGCACCAACGAGCUCUGGACACUGAGGAGGAGGCCUGUCUGCACAGCUGUGCUGGGAAGCUGAUCCAUUCCAACCACCGCCUCAUGGCCGCUUAUGUGCAGCUCAUGCCUGCCCUGGUACACCGCCGCAUCGCAGACUAUGAGGCUGCCUCGGCUGUGCCAGGUGUUGCUGCUGAACAGCCCGGAGUCUCACCAUCAGGCAGCUAGCCAUCCCCAAUCCCAGGAGAGAAGGCACUGGAUGGACCCUCAGUUUGAAGGACCCAUUGGGCGUUAGGCUUAGUGAAGCCUGUACAGAGAGAAUGAGGGGCAGCCCGAAAGCUGGGUACCGUUGCUCCUUUUCCUGGAGCCAGUAAACCCGCUUUUUGCUCUGUUUGGUUUAUACUCUGGGCAGGGAACCCAUUUUAUUGUCACCAUCCUUUGUUCUGUCAUUUAGUGAAUAUCUACUGGCUUCAGCCCUGGCAGCUGAGAAAUUGUCUUCUCAGGUAUCUGGUUAAAACAGGGUCUGUGGGUACAAUUUUAAGGUUGGUGAUAGCAACAGGAAGUUAGUUUCUGUCCAGAUGACAGAGAAAAUGGGAGUUCUGUCUAGCUGUCCUUAAGUCUGUCUGACUUCCUGUGAGCCGUUGGUUCAUAAUUAUUUUUCGUGGAUUAUGUCUUACAAGAAAGAAGUCUUCUGGAUCUAGGGAAAGGAGGAGAUAUCUAAGAACAACAGAUUAAAAAACCACAGGGCUUUAAAGUACUUCCUAGGAAGUCAGUGGCCACAGGACAGAGGUGAAACCUGUAAGAAUUCUGGAGUGUUCUGAAACUUCAGCUGUUUUCCCAGGUUAUUUUUUUAGUAUCUCCUGUUUUCCCAGGAUGAGCAGUAAAACCUUUAAACAAAGAAGGUCUGUAUGCUUGUCUUCAGGGGCAAUCAGGAAGGGGGAAACUUGGGGACUAUAUUCUGCAAUAUAGCCAAACUUGAAGAGAAAGCCAAGGGAGAAGUAGAUGGUGGUGGUUAUGAAAAAAAGCAGAAAACAAAAUCUUUGGGACCUCUUUAAUGUUACCUUAAUGUUUUACUUCUCAUCUAUGAUUUCCUAAUUCCAGCUUCCACCCUCUACCCUACAUUGUUCCCACUGUACCUAUUCUGUGAUUUUUAAUCCCAGCCUCUCCAUUCUUUUCUCAUUAUUGCUCCUCCCCCCUUGUGGAAUUUACUUCUAUAUUUAGCAGUCUGAAUGCCACAUCGCUUCAUCACCCUGUUUUCUGGCCACCCUUGGCCUUCUUUUUAUAUCAUUCUGUAUGUUUUUUGUAUUUCUUCAUUCAAACUGCUAGAGAAAAACAGUUGUGUACCGAAUGCCACUAAAUAAUCUAUUUCUUCAACCUCAGCCAAGUCCUCAAUACCAACAUGCUGCCCUUUGUGUUCCUGGCCCAUUUCCUCUCCUAAUCACCAUGGCAUUUAUUUUAUACCUUCACUGCUUUCCUUAAUACUACAUCCCACCUUCAACUAUUCCUCAUUAGGCGACCGGUUUUUUUACAGAGGAAUUGAAGCACCUAGACAUUGCUCCCACAAUAAUAAAAACUCCUUACAACCACCCACAAUGCAGCUGUUCUCUCUCACCUACAGACCAGAAAGUUGAAAUUCUCAAGUAACUGACCUCCUAUUAAAAUGCAGAUCUGAUGUUAAAGUCUGUGUUCUUGGUAGUACACCAAGCUGCUUUUCAAAAUAGUAACUAUUGAGCAUCAGCAUUAUAUAGUUUCUGAUAUUUGUAGAUGUCAUGCUUUUUCUUAGUUAAACUUUACAACAAUACUACAAGUAAGAAGCAUUAUCUUCCCCUUACCAGAUGAGGAAGCAAGAAUCAAGAAUGCACCAGAAGCCUAUCUUUUACCCAGUUACCUAUUGAGAAAAGUGGCUCCAAUCAGUGUUUUAUCCCAUAGCUGCUAUCUCUUGAACAAAUCUUGAACAGAAAAGCUUGUUAAGAUAAAAGUUGCCGACCAGGGAUUUCCCUACUGAGUGGCUUUAUGUCUACCUAAUAAAAUUCCUUCCUUGAGAAAUUUAAAUAUAAGUAAAACAGCUUGUGAACUUCUCAACUCCCAGAGACAGAAGAAUAGAAACCUGGGAUAUUGUGCUGCUGGGGGGAGAAUUCUUCCACGUCAACAUUUGUGUGUAUCCUUACAAUAAACUUCCAUUGUGAUUUAUCUUAGCUUCCUCUUUUGCCAUGUCACAUAAUUAGUAAUUGCUAGAAAGGGCUAGGAACAUAGACCUGUCUGUCUUUAAAGUCUCUGCUCUUUGAACUUCCAGAGCUUUUAUCUGCAAAUUCUUCUGUAUCCAACCUGCCUCUAGGCAUGGAAAAACAAGUGUCUCUCAAUCUGACCUAUCAAUUCCUUUCUUAAAUUUUCAAUCUCUUUUGUCCUGGUUCUUUCUGUUUAUAAAUAUGUUAAGUACUUGGGAGAAAAGCCUUAUUCCUACCACUUCAUCUUCCUAGUUGGUGGUCUUCUUCAGAUCUUACCAUAAAGUGAUAGCCAUUGACAUAAUGAGAACAGUGUCAUUUUCCAAGCACAACACAGGAAUAAACCUGGAUGAAGCUUUCUCACAUUAUCAUAAACACAUAUUGGAGACAGGGUUGGUGUUCCUGUCAUUGUGGCUUCAGAAUUUAACUGCCCGCUCCGUUGCAAAGUCUCAUUCUUUUGAGGCUAUUCAUCUAUACAACCCUCUCUUAUUACUUGUCCUAUCAACCAUAUUAACUACUAUCCUACUUUCCUCUGAAUAGCUAGCCUUUGAUCUUCCUAUCUCUGGAUAGCUAGCCUGUGAUCUUUUAAAGUUUACAUGGGUAUUGGUAUUUUGAUCUCUUGGUUUCUUGAUCCAGUCUCCAAUGAUUUCUAUUCUGUCUUAGCCGCCUACUCCUUUAGUUAUAUCCUGACUAUUAUCACCGCAAACUGCUCCAUCUUCAAAAAACUAUUACUUGCAUCUUAUUCAUUGACCAUAUUCCUUCCACUUUGUUUUUUGAGCUAUUCCCUCUACUAUCAUUCUUUGAUUUCACUGCAGUAUUCAGGUCACUUCUGCCUUCUCUCCAUUAGCAACUUCCUUCUUUAGAUUCCUGUCCAGUUUAAUCUCUAGUGAUUUUCUUGGAACGGGCUAAAUUUCCUUUCCUUUUAUCUCUUUUUUGGACCCUUAAGUAAAAUAAAAUACUUGUCUGUGCCUGCAUCUGGACAGCUAAAUGCCACCCAAGUGCUGUAUAAAUAUAUAGCAUAUUUAUACUGCUAUGAAUCCAUGGUU